AUGACUGCUGGUAUGGAGAACUUUAACGAUGCGCUGGACGCAUUCAAGAAUGCCAGCCGAUAUUGCUGGAUCGUCUUUGGAGCCUCCACAAUCUUCAGUGCAGCCGCGGGGCUCUUCAUUUUCACCCUACAAGGUCGUGUGAGUGCCACGACGCCCGGAGAUGGGAAGUUGGAUGGAGUUUUUUGGGCGGGGCAGUCGAAAAGUGUGUAG